CGACUAAUUGAUGAUAUUUUCAUUUCGUUGAAGACGCUUUAAAGAGCCGGUUCGACUUUCUUUUUUUUUCAAUUUUUUCAUUUCUCAUCCAACCGAAAAUUGAUUUCGAAAAAAUGUCGGUAAAACAAUUUGAGCGACUGCCUACAAAUGUGACACCCAAACAUUAUGCGGUGUCCAUCACCACGAUCGACUUUGAAAGGUAUACAUUCAAAGGACAAUUAACAGUAAAAGUUCUUGUUAACGAAGCUACAAAGGUCAUAAAGCUCAAUGUGGGACAAGUCGUUGUUUCCGACGUAGUCUUUGAAAAGGACAAACAAAUUGUUAAGGCCAACAGCUUAAGUUUGCAUUUUGGCCAAGAAAUCGUUACGAUUUCUUUCGAAUCACCUCUUGAAGUCGGUGAAGGUCAAAUUAAACUAAACUUCAAUGGAAAUUUGCAUCAGAGAAUGAAGGGAUUUUAUCGAUGCAAACAAGCAGACGGUUCGUACGGUGCAUCUACACAUUUUGAACCAACAUGUGCCCGUAUGGCGUUUCCAUGCUGGGACGAACCAUCACUUAAAGCGACCUUCGAUAUCUCGCUCAGAGUACCUGAAAAUAAAACCGCCCUUUCGAACAUGGACGUGAAAAAUGUGAAUUCCGACCAAAUUGGCUUCAAAACCUACCACUUCAAUACCACCCCAUUAAUGUCCACCUACUUGGUUGCGUUCGUUGUCGGUGAUUACGAUUUCGUUGAAGACAAAGUUCCGGAUAAAGACUUAACCGUGCGUGUCUACACGCCGACAGGAAAAAAGGAACAAGGACGUUUUGCUCUGAAAGUUGCCAAAGAAUGUCUCGGCCUGUAUAACGAAUACUUUGGAAUCGCUUAUCCGCUCAAAAAAUGUGAUUUGAUUGCUAUCAGUGACUUUCCAAUCGGAGCUAUGGAAAACUGGGGAUUGGUGACGUUCCGGGAGGCGAGACUUCUAUGUGAUCCGCAAAACACAUCGUCAGCGACGAAGCAAAACAUUAAAUUGGUUAUUGGGCAUGAGCUCGCCCACAUGUGGUUUGGUAAUUUGGUUACCAUGUAUUGGUGGACAGACCUUUGGCUGAAAGAAGGCUUUGCUGAAUUCAUCAUGUACAUGUCAGUGGGGCAACUAUAUCCCGACAUGCAGACAUGGUCGACAUUCGUAGCCGAUAUCUUAGGACCAGCAUUGGAGUUGGACGCAUUGCAUAGUUCGCAUCCAAUUGAGGUUGAGGUUGGCCAUCCGUCUGAAGUGGAGCAAAUAUUCGACAGCAUCACUUACUACAAAGGCGCGUCGAUAAUCCGGAUGCUUCACUCAUUUAUUGGGGCGGAAAAUUUCAAAAAGGGUCUGCAACAUUACCUCCGGCAGUAUCAGUUCGGUAACGCUACAACAAUGAAUUUGUGGGAGUCAUUCGAAACCGUUUCUGAUCAAAAUGUGGGCAAGGUUAUGUCAACUUGGACGAAACAGAAGGGAUUUCCGGUCAUCGAAGUUGUUCAGCGUCGAUUGCCUGCUGAGAAACGUGUCGUCCUAGACAUAAGUCAGAAAAAAUUUUCAAUGAGUGAGCUUACUGCUGAAGAUUCUAAAGCCAUUUGGUCUAUACCAAUUACUGUGUGUACACGCCGUGAGCCCACUGAAAAAAUGGUCUGCCUUCUUGAUGGCCGAAACAUGGAAGUAACAAUCGAAAACGUUGAUGCUGAUGACUGGGUCAAAGUAAAUGCAAAUUCGGUUGGAUACUACCACGUUCUGUAUGAAAGCAGCCAUCUUUCAGAACUUUUACCGGCCGUAGAAUCGAAAGCUUUGUCCCCUUUGGAUCGUUGGAAUCUCCAGAAUGAUCUGUUUGCACUCGUUCAGGCUGGUCGCACCUCAACUGUGGAUGUAUUGAAGCUGAUGAAAUCUUUUGUGAAUGAGGACGAUUACACCGUCUGGGCGGCAGUAGAUAAUGCACUCGAACGGCUGGACAUUUUGUUGGCAAACACCGACGAUCAAGAACUAUUGCACGCUUUCGGAAGAGAAAUACUCCAAAAUGUUUACGCUAAUGUCGGCUGGAAUGCCUCACCAAAAGAGUCGCAUACGCGGGCACUUCUUCGAUCGUUGGUCAUUCGCCGACUCGGCACUUUCGGAGAUGAAAAUGUAACGAAUGCGGCGUUGAAACACUUCGAUGCUCACGUCAAUGGCUCGAGUGUACUGGCCGCUGACUUACGCUCGGCUGUAUAUCGUACGGUAAUUCAUUCAAAAAGGAAACACAUUUUCGACGCACUGAUGAAACUCUUCCGCGAAGCUGACUUACAUGAGGAGAAAAAUCGCAUUUUUGGAGCACUGGGAUGUGUAGACGAUCAGACUCAAAUCGAACGAGUUCUUCAAUUUGCCUUGUCAAAUGAAGUCCGACCGCAAGACACUCACUUUGUGUUAGGUUCGCUUGCCUCGUCAAUGAAAGGCCGGAAUGCCGUUUGGGCACAUUUCAGAGCAUGCUACCUUGAAUAUCGACGCCGGUACGAUGGCAGCGUGGGUUUCGGUGACAUUGUAAAAUUGGUGACGCAAAAUUUCGCCAGCGACUCCAAAGCCACCGAAAUUGAACAAUUCUUCGAUAAGAAUCGGAUUCCGGGCACAGAACGAAGCGUGAAGCAGGCGGUGGAAACGAUUCGCAUCCAGGCAAAAUGGUUGAAUCGCGAUCUGGAAUCUAUUCGGAAAUAUUUGUCGUAAAUACUAUAAAGAUGUGCCCCUACGGAAUGGGCGUCUUGGGCUGUUACAGCGCCAAUGUAAAAUAUGAAGCUUGAUAAAUAAAUUUAAUUUGAAUAUACAGUUUA